GCUCCUAUUGAAGCAAUUCCCAUUAAGUUGCCCAAACCAAAAAAUUAAUCAUCGCCAUUCCGAACAAAAUGUCCAUUCCAUCUCCAACACCCUUCAAACCUCGAUCCUCAUCCCUGUCCCCGAAUUCACAUCCACUAUCAAAAUCUCAAUCUCAAUUACAAUCUCAAUCACAACCAAGAUCUCAACCUCAGCCUCAGUCAACAUUCCAUCUUCUCACUCAAACCCAAAUCCAAACCCCAGACAAAAAAUGUAUAUAUCUCCUUACCACAUACACCUGUUCCCAUUUCGUACAACCAUUUACUCACCCAACAAAUAUAAUCCAUACCGAGAAUUGCAUUGCGAGAUUUGGAGGCAAUUGUUCGAGUCCGGGGUAUCGGUAUGAGAUAUUAGGGAAUAGAGGAGAAGUAUGCGAGGCUUGUCUACGAGGCGGAAAAUCGAUGAAGGAGGGAAAGGACUCGAGUGGGGAGCUUCGGCUAAGAGAUGAAGAAAGGGGAAAUGGUUUCGAAAUGGAGAUGAAGGGAGAUAAGGAUAUUAUGCUAGGGAUAGACUCGAAAGCGAAGACGGAUGAAGAAACGAUUCAUUAUCCGAGGAAGAACCAGGAAAGUGAUGAAAUUGCGGAAACCUCAUCAACUUCUGUUUUUCCAUUAAAGAAACCACGAAUUUCUCCGGAAAUGUAUAAACGUUGCGGUGAGAGGAGCGGUAAUGGAAGGGGAAAACGAAUGAUGACUUAUGAAUCUCAACGAGCGGUUUCAACACAGAGAAAAUCGAUGAUUGCGGGGAAACAACGUGUUUCUGUCAUUGUUGAGGAGGGAUGGGAAUAUGAUGGUGAUGGUGAUGGAUAUGGAAUUUUCGAUUCGAGUUUGAGAUGUGGGAGGGAAAGGGGAAGGAAAUGUUGGGAGAUUUUAUGGGAGAGGUUGAGAAAGUUGUGGAUGAAGAUUAGAGGGUCUGGGGGGGGGGUUAGAAAUUGGGAUUAGGUCUUAAUUGAGGCUUUUGAGGGGUGUUGAGCUCGUCUCUGUGAUUAGUCCAAGGGCAAAUUCGCUUGUAUAUCUGACAUCUUCUUAUUAGGUUUCGGAUUCAUCGAUAUUCAGUAUAUGGUAAUCAACAGUUCUCUUUCUAGAUACAAUAUAUAGAUAUACAAAUAGAUAUUGAUGUAAUUGCCACA